CUCUUUUUGCACUCUCUCGACGGAAAAUCCAAAGGCUGACACCUGAGGAGUGCAAAUUCGUGCUCACUGGGGCUCCGGGUGGUGAGGACUAAAAGCAUGCAGCUCUAAAGCCAACGGCGUCUACCGACUUCCCUCCAUCCGCCGUCCUUGUCGUUUAAUUCCAUUCCACCAGCACUCGCGUCUCCCUGUCGACUCUCUUUGACCACUCUCUUCCACCGCCCUUUUCCCUCCUUAUGAUGCUCCAACCUCCAACGUCUCCCCCAGCUACCGGCGCUACCCGUCACUAUCGUCAUUCGCUUCUCCUUAUUGAAAAUGGCCUCGGAUCUCGAUCGAAGCCUUUGCCGGCUGCAGAUAAGAGACCCCAGUGAGUCAGGCUCUUGUAUCUCGGUAGCAUACUCGACCGGAGAGUUCGGAGAUGAAAUGUGCUCGAUUCAUCAUGAUCGUCCGCUUUCCACGCUCGAACGCGUCUUUUCCACCCACACACCCAUCUUCGAGUCCUUCCUCCUCCAAGCCCCUACCGACACCAUAUUCCGCCUCUAUCAUACCUCCAACUACCUGAGGAUAUUCCUAAGAUCGUACCCCACGGCAUGGCAAUAUCUCUCAUUCCGUCUGCUCAUGCCGUCGGCCACCCAGGUUCGCCCCAUUACUGCUGGAACAGAUGGCCAAGCCGUACAGCGACAAUCAAGACCAUAUGCCCUCGAUCAGUUGCUUUCUCACGUCGUCAUACCAUUUAGCCCGUCACUGAAGAGCCUGGAUUUAGAUAAUACCGCCGUGUCUGGUCAGAAUCUCAUCUCAACGGUCCUCAAUGCAAGAAGGGACACCCUCGAACACCUUUCCGUUCGGGGUUGCAAGAAUGUUUCCCUGAAAUAUCAUAUUAUCCCGUAUCUCACCAUGUAUGGGCUGCAGUAUGACGCAGAUAUGAAAUCAAGAUCAAGUUCAUCUCCAAAGGUUAAGCAUCUUGCACUUAAAAGUCUCUAUACUUACCGCUGCAGACACCAUCGACGCCGACCCUAUCUCACUUCGUCGCUGCUUCGGAGAGAUUCAGAUUCUGAGCCUACGCAUGAGCUUGUCAAUCUGUGUCACAAACUCGGAAUCUGGACGGACACAGCGUGGUGCACUACUCCAGCCGGUCGUUGUUUCCGGAGAAGAGGGUACGUCUCGAUCCGCGUGUCUCAAGGGACUCCUGAAGUGUGGGUCGUAUUCGACAGGCUUUGGAGGUCCAAGAACUGGAUAGGGUCCGUUUCUGAUGCUGGAGAACCCCCCAAGCGUGAUGGAAAAUUAUGGGAACAUGACGAAACAGGAUGCUAUGGAGAGGCCCUUGGGACUCGCGACGGACGUUCUCACGGCGAGGGAAAGACGGUGCCGGCACAUCUACGAAGGAGCCACAGGAAGUUUGUCGAGAACAUAAAAUGUGAUUCAUGCCUUGAGGAGAUACAUGAGCGAUGUGAGCAGUGCAGCGUGUUGAUGCACUGCGUGGGCUGCCGAAAAACACUCUGUUACAGUUGUGCGUACAACACUCCAUAUCUAAAAGAGCCAGGAGCAGAAGGGGAUGGCCCCCAACCCAGCUUCUGGUGGGCUCCUGGUGCUACUACGUCCCCGUGCUCCAUGCAAGAACCUUCCGACUCCCAGAACAACGCGAACGCUCCCAAUAAUAACAACCCCCAAAACGGUGGUCCGGUCCCGAUAACAUAUCCUUCACUUAAAUUCCGGUGGUGUUGUACCGAGCCUACGUUUACAGGUGGUGGUGGAAUUAGCAUUGGACAGGGAAGUCGGGAUGUUGAUCGAAUGCGAGCAGCUCCUCUCCCAAAAGCUCAAGGGUGGGAAGAUCCCGAAUACUCUUCGAAUGAAUGGAGUAAAACAUUCCCUACAUAUGCCUACGGCGACCCGUCAAGGCCCGACUAUACUCUCGCAGAGGGACAUGUGGAAAUGAUGCGAUGGCUACUUGGACCACCAAAUCAUCAGGCUUCGCAGUGUCCUCGGAAUCUGUGUCAGGAAUGCUACGAAUCUCCACAGUGGAAAGUCCAUUGCAAGGCAUGUUCUAGGCCUUUGUGCAUGGAGCAUGACUUACGCGGACUGCGUCUUCGCAUUUGUGGCUAUCGGGACCUCUUCAUGGAGAAGAUUGCCAUUGAUUAUUCACCAGCUGCGAAUGCCGCACUCGCGCAGGGGUCAGAAAGACCAGCAGUUCCACGUCCAUCUUCUGUUCUUGAUCUAGCUGCGAACAGCUUAACGCAGACCAACAACAACCCCACGAACACCGAGCCAACUUCUAGCCAACCGAGGUCCAGUCCCCAGGCUAACGGCGCCACUGAGGAUAAGCGCCCUCGAAACUCGGCCACAAGCUCCAACAAUCAUACUCGUGCCUCCUCCCCAGCAUCUGCGUUCUGUGAAUCGCCCGUAAGGAUCGAGAAAUGGCAGGGAUGCCAGUCCUUUUUUUGCCCGGAGUACCGUGCUGCAGGUGAUAAACGACAACGCUGUACUAGCGUGCUAAAUGAAUGCACUUCUUGCUCAGUUCAUGUGUGUCAGGACUGUGUCCGUGCCAAUCCACCCUGCACCUGUUCCUUUUGCAUGAAUAAAUAUCUCUGUCCAAAUUGCUAUCUUGUCGUCGUCCGAAAUGGAACCUGCCGUCGACUCGAGGAAGAAAGAGCCAAAUAUUUGCAAAGGCAACGAGCUGGUCUGGAAAUGCUCGAUGUUGCGCUAGAGCGUCAUAUCGCAAACGAAGUUGCUGGAUUCGCCGGCCAAUUCUUCGGUGGACUAUCAACGAGCAGCAGUCAAGCUGGAUUUGACCACAUUGAGCAUAGUGGCCAGUUUGAUAUUCAUACAGCACCGUUCUUGGACCAGUAUGAUGGCGUUCCCCAGGACGAUCUUCAGGCACAGGAGUACGAUUUUCCAUUUACUCAUGCUCCGCCUCUUCAUCCAUAUGAUGAUGAGGAGAUUGAGCAAGCAGAGAGUGGGUCAGAACGGACAGACCUUGUUCCUGGGGGUGUUUCUUGAGUGAUUUCUUUCCUCUCCUUUUUUUCUCCUCUUUACCUUAUAAUGAUACAGUGAUGAGAAUUUUUUGCUUCGCCUCAGAUCAUCUCUUCUAAUCCCGACAGGCUACUAUUUAUAACCCUUUGCCCUAACGAUCAUGUUUCUUCUCCGAUUUAGCUUAAACCCCCGCUUGCCUCUGUCAACCUCUAUAAUCGGUUUUUCCUUGCAUGACCAACAUUUUCUAAACCGGUUGACGUUAUAAAACCAUUUUCAUUUGUUUUCUUUUUCUUUUUUUUUUUUUUUACCCUCUUGAUCCUGGAGGCGCUCAGAAUGUUCAAAGUGGUUGAAAUUGCCUUAAAUCGUUUUCUCUUUUAAAUUUUUUUUAAACCUAAGGGCAAAGCUAGUAUGCAAGGAGAAAUCUGUUUUGUUUUGGUCACAUUGGGAGGGGGGCAUAUAGCGGGCUCGGUGUAAUAUCUCUGGACAUUUUCUCGCCUUUCGAAGCUACCCUACUUUCUUCAUGCUACUCAUGGUUCUAUGUCUGCUCCUUGAAGAAUACGUUCCAUCCUUGGUUUGCUGAUGUUUCUGCAUGAGGCAUUUUAUAUCCCAGUUAGGCUUUUCGGUAGGGUAGUAACGUGUUGCUGGUCAGAUUCUUUACAUAAGGGGGUUAAUGUUAAUGCAAAGCUUCAAUUUAAUUUUUAUCUCUGUGUCU